UUCGUCCGUCCUCCGUGUGCAGCAUUCGGCAGAGCCUGCUCUAGGGCAGGUCAAGUUCAUCGACCCACGUGGUACACUAUAUUGUUCCUUGUGGAAAGUUUGUGUGGUGCAGCAUGUGAGGCACACGGGGGUAGUGUGGGUAUGUUGUGGCUGCUGCAAAAGCCUGCCCACCCUCACCUGUCUUACCUUAUUUAACACUCGGUUGAAGGUGAAUCUGACACACUUAAUACAUGAAUCGGCCACACUUGUUACCAGUGUUGACAACGCAAACCGUGUGUGGUGGCAGUUAUUGUGUGUAGACACUGGUGUGGGGUGGGAGUGUAGUGGUGUGGUAGUGGUAUAUGAGUGAACAGUGUGUGAAGGUGGUGGAGGCUGGUGUCGGGGGCGGGGCCCCCGGCUGGUGCUUCACCAAGAGUGUUACCACUAUGUACGGCAGUUACACCUCGGAGGGUGCUGCCUCCACCCACCUGUAUGGCACACAGUACUCCGGCUCACCUGGUGCCCUCUCCUCCCCGCCAGGAGAGUCCUUAGUGUUCACGGUGCCCCCGCCUCCCACCUACCCUCCGCCAUGCACCACCUGCGGCCGUAACAGCUCCACACCUGCACACACCUACCACCAGCCCUCGUCAGCUCUCACCCAGUCUGAGGAGGAACGCACUCUGGCGCUGCAGCUGCGAGCUGCUGCUAUCUUCAACAAGACGAACGUGACCCUGCCUGCUGCAGCAACCCUCGCACUGCCACCCCCAGCCCUCACCUUGCCCCCUCCUCCUACAACCACAGCCACCACCUUCCCAUAUCCCCCUCCCUCACACCCUGCCCCGCCCACUACCCAUUACGACACCAGCACCUCGUACUGCACGUGUGAUUCAUCCCCCACCAGUAACUGCUCAAGCUCCUCUUCACCGCUGCCCUCCUGCCCCUUUCACCCCUCCCCCUGCAUCAGUACCGCAGCCGCAGCCUACCUUACCCCAUCCACCAUGGUGACCUUCUCCAACACAGCCACCACCACCACUGCUUACCUUGACUCUCCGUCUCCCUCAGGAAUGAAGCGGAUGUCGGAGAUGGAAGGAGAGACUCCACUUAAACGCCCUCGUCCCGCUGGUGACACUGAGCUGAGACUUCUAAUUCAGAGCAAGGCUGCGGGUUCGGUGAUCGGCAAGGGAGGCCAGAACAUUUCGCGCUUACGCAGCGAGAAUCCAGCCAGUAUUACCGUGCCCGAUUGCCCAGGCCCCGAACGAGUGCUGACGAUCGGUGGGUCGGAGGAGGUGGUCCUUAAAGUACUGACUGAAGUUCUCGAGUGUCUUGAUGAGGCACUGCAGAAAGGAUCAGAAUCAGAUGCACGUAUCUUGGUCCACCAGAGCCAGGCUGGCUGCAUCAUCGGCAAGGGAGGCAGCAAGAUAAAGGAGCUACGCGAGGAAUGUGGGGGACAGAUUAAAGUGUACACCAAUUGCUGCCCCCAGUCCACGGACCGGGUCAUCCAGAUCACAGGUGACCGUGACCGUGCCAUCCUUACCAUCACCCGUAUAAUGGAACUUGUCAAAGAAAGUCCCAUAAAGGGAAUGAAUAACCCCUACAAUCCACACAACUUCGAUGAGUUUUUUGCUAACGAGUAUGGUGGCUGGGGAGAGUCAGCUAAGGGCAGGUUCCCUGGUGGUCCCAUGGGCCGACCUCCCCAUAUGGGUCCAGGUGGACCAAUGGGUAGAGGACCAAUGGGGCCUCCUGGUGGACCACCUGGUGGGCCACCUGGGCCCCCUCCAUUUGGAAGGCGUGGACCCAUGGGUCCCCCACAUGGACCCCCACCUCCCAUGCGGGGCCCACCCAAUGGUGAUUUUGAUGGAAUGAUGAACAAGGGCAAACCAUUCAUGAAUGGCAGUGACCCUCACAAUGGAGACCUACCUACAACCUCAACUCAGGUCACCAUACCCAAGGAUGCGGCUGGUGCCAUUAUUGGUAAGGGUGGAGCAAGGAUCCGCAAGAUUCGGUCAGAUUCUGGAGCCUCUAUUUCUAUUGAGGAUUCUCGACCAGGUGCCACAGACCGUGUCAUCACAAUCAAUGGAAGUGAACCACAGAUCAAGCAUGCCCAGUAUUUGCUUCAGCAGAGUGUGCGCGAGUAUGGAGGAGAGCACGACUACAGGCCAGACUUUGAUCAUGAUCAGACUAGUGUUCGUGAGUAUGGAGGUCAGGCGGGCCGCAGAUACUGAAGUGCCAGCAAAAAGCCCAGCAAUCAUCAGUCUGAAGUUGAUGAAGCAGAUGCACUACUCUACCACACAUGCAAAAAAAAAGGCUAAAAUUUUAGACUAGGAUUAAUUUGGAAGAGAAGUUGUUACACAAGUGAUGUAGAUUGUAUUUUAUAGGAUUAAGGAGCCUCUUGUAACAAAGAUGCUCAUGAUGUAGAACUAGCUGUGUGCCACUGAAGUGCUGGGCUUGUCGUAUGUUGCUGAGCUGGAUUGGGAGUUAAAUGUCAUCUGUUAUAGAAGUACUAAAUCUCUUGUAAAUGCUAAUUAAUGUUUUGAUGGGGAUUAUUAACUUAAUGCUCGGGUGUAUUCCUUGUAGCACAAAGGGAGUUGCAUUGCCAGGGCAUACACAUUUGUGAUGGCAUGGGUCAGCAAAUUUGUUAAUGAGCACUGUCGGUGGAAUGACCUCACAGGAGACGACUAGGAUUCCAUCCAAUAUUUUGAAGUAA